UCAAAGACAGCUGCCCUCGAGACGUUGCUAGCGUCCAAACUAGCGGAGUUUCUGGACAGCUCUUUCCCCUACAAACUCGGUCAACUAUCAGCAGCUGGCAAGGAGCACCUCUACAAGGGACCACCCCCUGAUGACCAAGGAGGAGAUUCUGAAGCUGUUUCUAAAGAAGAGUUGAAAGAAUCUAAUACUGUAAAACCAGACAUGAAGCGACACCCACUGAAGGGGGGGUGGGCCAUCACUGAUUACCUCACUUAUGACUGUCUAGAUGAAGGCACUUCCAAGUACUUCGAGUAGCAGUGAUCACAUCAGUCGAGUGUGGAGCUGCCCUCAGUGUGAACAGAGAUUGGCUGUUACCCUGGCAGAGCAGCUGCAGCAUCAGGCCAUCUGCAAGAAAGACAUGGAACAAGUUGCUGAACAAGACCUUGCUGCCAAGUCAGUAGACCCUGCCCACCUCAAGUCCUACCAUUGCCCCGUGUGUGAACAGACCCUCCAACUGACUCCCAUAGAUAUCCUCAAACAUAAACCAAGAUGUUGUCUACAAAAGCUGAAGUCUGCGAUAUGGAUGAGUACGAAGAUGGUCUCGCUUUUCGAUUUGAAAUGCCCAAAGAGGAUCUAUCUUUGAGGGGUGUUUGCAUUGAAGAUGGUGUGCCCACGCUGCUUUUCAGUGUUGCUAAGAAAGUACCAACGAUUAUAGAGGAAGAAGUGGCCAUGUGUAUUCGUUUGAGCCAAGAAAACAAGCGUCCCGAGUUCUACUACAAUAGAUUUCUCCCUGACCACCCUCUUGCAGGAACUGGCCGACAUUUUAAGCAAUACAAGCCACUCUACAUGAGACGCACCUCUAUUGGGGAAACUCUUGCUGAAAUUGACUGGCAAAUGAAGUGCCUAAUGGUUGGUGUUCGUAGUGACAAGAAUAAGGAGAAAUUCUGGUCAUGGACUGAAAAAAGCAAUGUUGAUGGUUUGGCAAGUUUCGAAAACUUUGAACGUGAUCCAUCAAAGCAUGGUGGUGUGUACAUGAAAUGCAAGCGAGUAUCUAUUUGUGAAGAUGCAAACCAGAUUCUCUUUGAAGGAGAACCAGAAAUGGCAAUUGAUUCUGUGGAAUUUCCAGCAUAUUCACGUUACAUCACAGAACAUUUUGAUUCUAUUGCAUACUAUGACGAGCCACUUUUUCUCAAAAUGAAGGAGUACAUAAAGCUCAUUCUUGCUGUCGAGUGGCUGAAAGAAAAAGGAGUUCACUUCAGUCAGAACUGGAUACGAGAGCAUACAACACCCACGUGCGAUCCCCCCAAAUCGUUACAAGUGGAACUCUCAGCUGAAGAAACCAACUCAACCAUGAAGCAGCUAAAAGAAGAGGCAAAGAAGGCAAUGAAAGGGCCUGAAGUGUUGCAAGCCCUCUCCCAAAGCAAGUACGUGGAUCGAGUCUCUGUUACGAAACCCACAGUGACAGUCAAAAGCAAAAAUUUUGAAGCUAAGUUUGAGCAAACGAUUGCUCAUCCUGAUUUUGAAAGAACAGCAGACUUGUAUGUGCCUCUUGUGCAGAAGAUAGUAGUGAGAGCUACCACACACGAUUUCGAUUUUCUCUAUGAAGGUAUGGACCCAAACAUGCCAGUCACCUUUGAUCCAGACACUAAAGAAACUGUUACACCAGAAGUGAAAUCUUGGUCUGAGCUUAUGGGGGAAACUGAAUUCUUUCCUUGCAAAUGGCUACAAGAUCCGAGCGAUGUGAUGGUCAGAUCUCCAGCUCUCACUGGUGGCAUUUCAACUACUAACAUUCCUGUCCAUCGAGUAAACGAACAUGUACCUGUUCAAUCAACGCCAUGCCCACUUCAGGUGAAAGCAUCUAACUUUCGAAAGGUAGAGAAUAUACCAUCUUCUGCUGUUCCAGCACAGCCUGUGGUUAAUGCACCAUCAAGUAGUGCUCUUGUUAACAGGCCAGCUAUUGCAACAGGUGGAGCACAGUUAAUGCAUGGACGGGAAGAUUUUUGCUCAAGUUUUGGAAUGUCAAGAGAUGGGACAACAAUUCAACAACCAUCACUACACACUCACGGACUAAUAACACAGCUCAUUGCCGGGAAGGAGGUUGGGCCUCCUUUGAAUAUAUCCAUGCACCUCCGUCUCCCCCCUAAAGCUGAAGCAUGAUAGCGAAUACUCAAGCAUUGCAAGUACCCCUAUAUAUGUCUGGAUCUCUUCGAUUGCUCUAACAGAAAAAACAAUAUUUAUUACUGCUAUUGAUACUAUUGGUGUUUUUAUGUAACUCGAGUAUAGCGACACCUCACUAGUGAUGUAUAGAUGCAACCUUUUUAGUUAGGCUAGUGGCUAGUAACGUAUAUUGUUCAGUGACUGUCUUGUUUACAAUUAAUGAUUGUUGAUAUUUA